CACCAAAAAGUCUUUAAGUACAUCCCGAUAUAGAUGGCUCCAAACGAGGUAGGCGAGAAUGGAUGGACUGCCGUGCCAGUCGACGCGAGCAAGAUUCUCAACGGAAGGCCGUACAUCCAUCAGCCUGAAGCUCUGACUGUGGAAAAAAUGUCGUUCCCCUCGUACGAUCCUACUGUGACCAGUGUCCAGGAAUACGUCAAGGAGAACCUACCAAGACAGACGUAUAAUCACUCUAUGAGAGUGUACUAUUUCGCCACCGCAAUUGCGAAGCAACAAUUUCCCGAAUAUGGCACCGCACUAUCCGCGUCAACUCUGGCCUUGACUUGUCUCCUCCACGACAUUGGCACCUCGGACGAGAACAUUUCCAGCACUCGAAUGUCCUUCGAAUUUUAUGGCGGAAUUCAAGCCCUGAACCUAUUGAAUGCUAUUGGUUCCGGAAGGGACCAAGCAGAGGCCGUGUGCGAAACUAUUAUCCGACACCAAGAUCUUGGUACCGAGGGAAGCAUCACCUUUCUUGGGCAGCUGAUACAAAUGGCCACAAUCUACGACAAUGUCGGUCAGUUUGAGCACAUUAUCCAUGAAACAACCCGGGAGGAUGUGAACAGGGUAUUUCCGAGGGAAGGGUGGUUGGGAUGCUUUGCAGAAACUAUCAGGACGGAAAAGAGACUGAAGCCUUGGUGCCAUUCAACCCAUAUUGCCAACUUUGAAUCUCUGGUUGAGUCGAACGAGUUGAUGAAACCAUAUGAAUAGAUCCCUACAGAUUACGAGAGAUGGAUAUAGAGUCAGUACGCCAUCGAUCAACUUGUUGACUACGGAAUGGUGUUUGGUAAUGGCCAAAUUGCGUGUGAUUCAGAUCCCUUGCUCGGCCCCAGACGUCUUGCACCGCACUCUCGCUAGUGCACACAAAGAAACACCAAAGGAGCCGAACACCUUGGUAAAACGAGCAAGUACAAUCACAACACCACCUUGCAGGUGUGACCCUUAGGCGCUAUGAGGAAGAAGUUCUCGAUCUCCAUCAGCCCAUCAGUCAUAGACUUGCUUAGCCUUGCGCCUCGGCAGUUUCGAAAGAAUACCGCUGUAGCAAGGCGCAACUCAAUUCUCGCAAGGUGAAUACCAAGGCAGAUCCGAGAGCCUGCCCCAAAGGGCGUAAACACGGCUUUUUGAAGCUUGGUGCGGUUCUGCGGGUCAAGGAACCGGGACUCGUCAAAUCUUUACAUAAUUAGUGCUUGAGCGUCUGG